AAAGCGGGCGGCUAUAUACUCAACUCUCAGCAGGCAGUAUAGGCUUCGAGGCGCCAUAUCGCCCGGCGCUUGGGCGUGGCGGAAAUGAGCAUGCAAGCGCAGAGGAAUGGAUUCAUGGAUGGCUCGGGGCAGCUCUGGUGAGCGGGAUGGGGCAGGGCUACGGCGGUCUCGGAGGUUGACCGCUUGAGGGACAAGUUAUCGGUGAUGUGCGCAGGCAUGGCCGCCCAGAACACAAUGGCGUGCAUUGACGAGAUGAAAGGGAGGGAGCGUGUCGAGGCUCUAGGCGUUUUGACAGGCGACCCGUCAUCGGCAUGCCAAGCUCUUUCGCCCCUGGUGGUGAUUAUCGUUGUGAUCCGCCCGUCGAUGGCGAAGGUGGACAGUGGACUCGGGUGGGGCAUGAGCAGAAUGGAGCCGCAGCCCCAAUCGGCCCCAAAUGAGGCAGGCUCGCUUAACCCCUGCCGCCAACACCCGAACUCGCCUAGCCUCCUUCCUGCUGAAACGUCGCGAACACCUACCUCCCCGCCGAAGCACUAUAUCCAAAGCUCAUAUGGCCGUAUCUGUUUCACUCCCCCUACGGCCGAGCCCGAACUGCCAGGUCCGGAUCUUCGGCAUCGGCCUCUCUCGCUGUGCGUGCUCCCACGUGUGGCCUCUGCAGUUAAUCUCAGCAUGCCGAACCGCGCGACAAGCUUUCACCAACUUGCCCUGCGGCGACGAGCCUUGGAGCCGCCAGCCUGGAGCCUAGAAAGAAAACCCACCAAUCGUCCGGAUCGGCCCCUGUCCAUGCUCAAGGCUUAGCUGCGCCCCCCUGACGCCC